AUGACUGGAUGGUUCCCGACUGAGCGAUUCGACACCGCAGGAUGGCGACUCGAAGGUGUUGGUCUUCUUGCUGUUCUGGGAGAGUCAUCUGUGGCCGACCAAGCUCAGCCAUUGACCGCAUCAAAGCUAUCUCUUCUGCCGCGAUUGAUACCAGCACCGCAGGCAUUACUUCGUGCGACACGGCCGGUGAGACUACCAAGUCCGCCGGCUGUUGUCUGCGGUGUACACUCUGGGACACUGGUUCACGAAUUGAACUACUUUCCCAAUAUAAUUCAUCCAAUUGCUGAUUUGAAGCCAUAUCAAGUUGUUGUCUAUGAGAUCUCAUGGUCGGAGAAGAGGACCAAGUAUGAGAAAUCACAGAGUAUUAAGCUUGAAAAAUUGAUAAUGCCUGACGGUCUACGAUCCAAGAGACCUGUUUCUGUGCCACCUCCGCAUAAACAUGGGAAUAAAUAUGCAAUUACUCCAAAUAAAUGGUCACCUCUCAGCUUAAUCACCAUCUCUUCUUUCCUGAUGACCGUAUGCGCCUUUGCCUGGGCAUUGGUCAUAAAAGAUGGAACAGCAGCUGUUGCAAUAUUUUUGAUGUCAAUGGUAGCAACACUGAAUGGCUUUGCUUUUUACUGGAAGCCUCAUCUUGCUGUCCGUCCAUCGUCUGCGGUUGUGCCAAGGGGAGAUAUCAUUAUACGGACGCGUGAGGGGGGUUUCAUUGUUGUGCGCUGUACCGAGGAACUAGCUCGCGAGCUCUAUACCGGUACAGAGGAAUGCAAUUACUCUCUAAGUGACCAGUGGUCAAGGGUUCUAGUUGGUAUUGGGACCUUUUUGAUCAUGUUUUCCGUUGUGCUACUCGGCAAUUGCGAAUGGACCAUGCAGGCUGUCGUAUCUGCAAUCUACAUGCUCAUGAACGCCAUGUACUGGGGAUCAUCAUUAAUGCCUAAGAGCUGGAUAUGGGAUAUGUCACGCUAUGAUUGGAAAGACGUUACUCCAAGCAACGUAAAGGGAGCUCAUGAGAUUGGCUACGAUGGCGCCCAGCCAAGCUUCACACGGACCCUGUGGUAUGCCAUCCACGCUACCGAAGAGAUCAACUGGGUUAUGGUUAGCGGCGCGGUUCCCCAGACCCAAGCGUGGGAGAACUGGUUGGAGCUUGCGUAUGCAAAUCGUACUGAUCCAGACUGGGACGCCGUUGGCGAAAAGGAUCGAUUGAUGGCAGAAGCGCGCCGAUCUCAGCUGAUGCCGUCUCUUCUAUCUGGAAGCAAGCCCAUGCAGGAACUUGAUGUCAACCACGUUUGA